AUGGGGCCGCGGCGGGUGGCGCCGGGCCGCGGGGGGGCCCGGCUGGGGGGGGCGCUGCUGGGGGUCGCGGUGCUCGGGGGGGUCCUGCUGGGGGCCGCGGGCACCGAGCCGCCGCCGGAGCAGCGCCGAGACCGGGACGGGGCCGAGCCCUGCGGGGCCUGCAGGGGCCUCGCCGACAGCUUCAGCAGGGGGCUGGAGCGGACGGAGCGCGAGGGCUUCGGCGGGGGCAACACGGCCUGGGAGGAGGAGAAGCUGGCCAAGUACAAGCACAGCGAGACCCGGCUGCUGGAGGUGCUGGAGAGCGUGUGCCCCCCCUCGGACUUCGCCUGCCACCAGCUGCUGGAGCGCAGCGAGGAGCACGUGGAGCGCUGGUGGUUCCACGAGCGCCACCAGCACCCCGACUUCUUCCAGUGGCUGUGCAUGGACCGCCUGGCGCUGUGCUGCCCCCCCGGCACCUACGGCCCCGACUGCCUGCCCUGCGCCGGCGGCCGGCAGCAGCCCUGCAGCGGCAACGGGCGCUGCGACGGCGAGGGGACGCGGGGGGGCACCGGCCUCUGCGUCUGCAGCCCGGGCUACGGCGGGCCCUACUGCGCCGAGUGCGGCGACGGCUACUACGAGGCCUCGCGCAACCAGAGCCAGCUGCUGUGUGCCGAGUGCUACCGGGCCUGCGGGCGCUGCACGGGGCCGGAGGACUCGAGCUGCCUGCGCUGCAAGAGGGGCUGGGUGCUGCACGAGCACCGCUGCAUCGACAUCGAUGAGUGCGGCACGGAGAUGGCGCACUGCAGGGCCAACCAGUUCUGCGUCAACACCGAGGGCUCCUACGAGUGCCGAGACUGCUCCACCGCCUGCAUCGGCUGCAUGGGCGCGGGGCCGUCGCGCUGCAAGAAGUGCAACAAGGGCUACCGGCGGGACGGAGCCAAGUGCCUGGACGUGGACGAGUGCGCCGGCGCCGAGGAGCCCGUCUGCAGCGGGGUGCAGGAGGUGUGCGAGAACACGGAGGGCGGCUACCGCUGCGUCUGCGCCCAGGGCCACGUGCGCCAGGAUGGGCAGUGCGUGGAGGACAAACCCCCCGACGCCCCGGAGAAGGGCUUCUUCGACGACGUGACGGAGGAUGAGGUGGUGGUGCUGCAGCAGAUGUUUUUCGGGGUGAUGAUCUGCGCCCUCGCCACGCUGGCCGCCAAGGGCGACAUGGUGUUCACCGCCAUCUUCAUCGGCGCCGUGGCCGCCAUGGCCGGCUACUGGCUCUCCGACCGCAGCGACCGCGUCCUCGACGGCUUCAUGAAGGGCAGAUAGCUCCGGCUCCGUCGGCCGUAAGCGGGGCUGCCGAGGCCGGAUCCUGCACGUGGUGGUGCCCUCGGGGCUGCGCCUGCCCUGCAUGUGCGCCCCCCCCAGCACCCCCACCGGUAGAGUAGGGUCCGUCCCCACCCCGUCCCCUGCAGAACUGGGGUCCGGUCCCGUGGGCAUAGUGCUGCUUGGGGCCUGCAGGGGGGGCACAGCAUGCUGCCCCCCACCCCUCGUGUGCUGGAGGGGGGCCCAGUGCUGCGGCAUGGGGUGUGGGGGCCCCCCCCGCAGCACUGGGGGCUCGCCCAGGCAGUCGGGGAGCCCCCAGACGCUGGCACUCUGCCCCCACCCCGUGGCCCUGCUGUGCUGGGGAUGGGGACAUGCUGUGGGGAGGGACAGGAGGCAGGGGGGGCCGGGCCCCCCCACCCGAGCCGCAGUGCUGGGUCCAUGCAGAGCCCCCAAGCCCCCCUCCCCAUGUCCCCAGGGCUGAGCCCGUGUCCCCCCCAGCUCCCGUGUCCCCAGGCAGGGUGAGGGCAGCUGGGGGCCCCCCGGGGUGGGGGGAGCACCGGUCCCCAGCACCGCACUGCUCCCAGGGCACCGCGCCGGGGCGGGGGGGCCGUGCUGGAUGCAUGAACGUGGCCGUUGCAUUUGUCCGUGGUUUGUCCGUCAGGGUGUGCCCAUCUGUCCGUGUGUCCAUAUCUCAGGAAUAAAGCUCCGCACACCUGA